CUGUGUGCAAGCAUGCGCACACACACAGCUAUAACAUGUGUCUUCAGUAGAGGAAACCUGCUCAGUGCCACCCGACUCAGCAGCACUUGAGAGCUGGAGGCCGAAACCAUUUGAGUCAGGAGGUGAAGGUGGAGCUCAAAGGUGCCCCAGGAGCCGCCCUCCGCUGCCUUGACUUGGUCUCCCCUCCCAGGGCAGCGGCCACCAUGUUCUCGUGCGUGAAGCCCUACGAGAACCAGAACUACUCGGCCCUGAAACGGGCCUGUCUGCGCAGGAAGGUGCUCUUCGAGGACCCCAACUUCCCAGCCACUGACGACUCGCUGUACUAUAAGGGCACCCCGGGGCCCACCGUCAGGUGGAAGCGGCCCAAGGACAUCUGCGAGGACCCCCGCCUCUUUGUGGAUGGCAUCAGCUCCCACGACCUGCACCAGGGCCAGGUGGGCAACUGCUGGUUUGUGGCGGCCUGCUCAUCCCUUGCCUCCCGCGAGUCGCUGUGGCAAAAGGUCAUCCCAGACUGGAAGGAGCAGGAGUGGGACCCCGAGAAGCCCAACGCCUACGCGGGCAUCUUCCACUUCCACUUCUGGCGCUUCGGGGAGUGGGUGGAUGUGGUCAUCGAUGACCGGCUGCCCACCGUCAACAACCAGCUUAUCUACUGCCACUCCAGCUCCCGCAAUGAGUUCUGGUGUGCCCUGGUGGAGAAAGCCUAUGCCAAGCUGGCCGGUUGUUACCAGGCCCUGGACGGAGGCAACACAGCGGAUGCGCUGGUGGACUUCACAGGUGGCGUUUCUGAGCCCAUCGACCUGACCGAGGGUGACUUUGCCAAUGACGAGGCCAAGAGGAACCAGCUCUUUGAGCGCGUGUUGAAGGUGCACAGCCGGGGAGGCCUCAUCAGUGCCUCAAUCAAGGCAGUGACCGCAGCAGACAUGGAGGCCCGGCUGGCGUGCGGCCUGGUGAAGGGCCAUGCGUACGCCAUCACUGAUGUGCGCAAGGUGCGCCUGGGCCACGGCCUGCUGGCCUUCUUCAAGUCAGAGAAGCUGGACAUGAUCCGCCUGCGCAACCCCUGGGGCGAGCGGGAGUGGAACGGGCCCUGGAGUGACACCUCAGAGGAGUGGCAGAAAGUGAGCAAGAGUGAGCGGGAGAAGAUGGGCGUGACGGUGCAGGAUGACGGCGAGUUCUGGAUGACCUUCGAGGACAUGUGCCGAUACUUCACCGACAUCAUCAAGUGCCGCCUGAUCAACACGUCUUACCUGAGCAUCCACAAGACGUGGGAGGAGGCCCGGCUGCGCGGCACCUGGACGCAGCAUGAGGACCCGCUGCAAAACCGCAGUGGGGGCUGCAUCAACCACAAGGACACCUUCUUCCAGAACCCACAGUAUAUCUUUGAUGUCAAGAAGCCAGAAGAUGAAGUGCUGAUUUGCAUCCAGCAGCGGCCGAAACAGUCCACCCGCCGGGAUGGCAAAGGUGAAAACCUGGCCAUUGGCUUUGACAUCUACAAGGUGGAGGAGAAUCGCCAGUACCGCAUGCACAGCCUACAGCACCGAGCUGCCAGCUCCAUCUACAUCAACUCCCGCAGUGUCUUCCUGCGUACAGAGCAGCCCGAGGGCCGCUACGUCAUCAUCCCCACCACCUUCGAGCCGGGUCACACUGGCGAGUUCCUGCUCAGAGUCUUCACUGACGUGCCCUCCAACUGUCGGGAGCUGUGCCUGGACGAGCCUCCCCGCUCCUGCUGGAGCUCCCUGUGCGGCUACCCCCAGCAGGUGACCCAGGUGCAUGUCCUGGGAGCCGCUGGUCUCAAGGACUCCGCGACAGGGGCCAACUCUUACGUGAUCAUCAAGUGUGAAGGGAACAAAGUCCGCUCGGCUGUGCAGAAAGGCACUUCCAUGCCUGAGUACGACGUGAAGGGCGUCUUCUACCGUAAGAAGCCCAGCCAGCCCGUCGUUGUGCAGAUCUGGAACCACCGAGUCCUGAAGGACGAAUUCCUGGGCCAGGUGCACCUGAAGGCUGACCCAGAUGACCUCCAGGCCCUGCACACCCUCCACCUCCGAGACCGCAGCAGCCAGCAGCCCAGCGACCUGCCGGGCACCGUGGCUGUUCGCAUCCUCAGCAGUGCCUCCCUCACGGCUGUCUGAUACCUGCCCCUCUCCCUGCCCACAGUUCUCGCCUCCAUUUGCACGUCCCCAACCAGGCCAGGGACUAGCCUGGGAGCCCAGACACUAGGGUCCUUUUCCCAGCUUUUCCACUGACUUGCUGUGCGACCUUGGGAGGUCUCUGCCCUUCUUUGGUGUCCUGAGGACCCCAAAGCAUUCCCUUCUCAUGGAGGAGUCUUCUUGCCUAAGGUUGAAAAUAGCCCUGCCUACCCCAGCUGCCACCACGGCUAAGGGACUCUAUCCGUUGAAAACAUUUUCUCAAGGCCCUGCUAUCUGCCAUCGGAGUGCCAAGAAGAUGUCACUUGUUUACACACAAACUGCCACACCCAAAAGGCCCACUCUUGCCCCUCAUGCCCUGGGCCUGCCCUGCUGCCCCAGGCUUGCUUUCUCUGUCACUUCCAUCUGGUUUUCUAGCCACCUUGACAGGACUCGGCUCUUGGGAUCCUGCUCAGGCUGGAAUUUGGGAAAUGUGCAGGUAACAUCUGUCUGUUCUCUAGUCCCGUCAUUUAUUUAUUCAGAGGAGAUUUGCCAAAUGAGUAAACGAUGCUCGCGAGACUCCAGAUGGAGCUGGGCCCCUCCCUGCAGCUCUGGGAGACCUGGUGUCCGUCCUGGGCCUCGCCUUUGCCCUCAGGUCCUCUCAGAGGCAGACGCCCAGAGGAGCUGCAGCCUCCUUCUCUGCCCAGGUUCUCAUUUCAUUCCCAUCCUCUGGUUUAGGGUCCCUGGAGAGUUGGUGGCAGUGGUGGUGAGGAAGGGUGGCAGCCUGCCUGCACUGCCCUGAUGGGGGAAGGAGUGCGUCUGGUGUAGUGGGCCAGCCCGGUGCAGGGCAGGGUGGGGACCCGAGGGGAGGCACAUAACCCCCAGGGCCCCCUCUGCUGCAAGACCUGGGCUUUUUCUGGGAGAAGGGACUCUUGGGUGGUGGUCUCAGGCCUGCCAGAGGCAGGUCACACAUUGGACUUGGCGAGAGAUGGGUAAAUCCAUUGACUGACCAGAGGCCUCUCCCCCAACAUUCCCCUCAAAACGCAGCCAAGGAGGCUACAUCCCUCUUGCUGUCUGGACCAAAAUGCUCCUUUUAGUCCUCAACGUUUUAUAUUCUUUCUGUUUUAACUCUCAAUUUUAACCAGGGGUUUUUAAAGGAAACUGAAAGCCUGAACCCUUUUUUCUUCUUAAACUCCAGUUGCUGUGAUCCUCUGAUUUUAUUUUGAUUCUGCUUGGGGAGGGGCGUGGGCAAGAUCAUACCUUCUCAGAGGAGGUCUGGAGGUGGGGGAAGAGUGGGUUGUGUACUGGGUUGUUUUGCUGGCACUGACUGUGUUCUUGGACAGCGUUGGUGCUGUGACCAGAUUUGGGUCUCUUCUGUGCCCUUCCAGGGUGCCAGACCAGGUGACGUAAAUGAAAAAGUCCAGUUGGUUCAAGAUCAGGAAUUCCUGUGGCCUUGCUGGGAAUUCCUUCAGGGAACCUGACUUUUUGGCUCUAGAUCAGCUGUUGGGGGCAGCGUCCUGGCUGGCUGUGCUGGAUUCUUGACUUUGCCUCCUCACUCUGGCUGGCUCUGCCCCUGUGUCCUGGCCCUGGGUCACGGGAGGGGCCAGGAACUGAAUGACACGGAGAACAAGAGGAUUCCUCCUCCAGAAGCUGGGAUUUCCCCUUGAGAACCUGAGCCUAGGGCCAGGACUUUGCACGUGACCAGGAGCAAGUCGCUUAAACCUCCUGUGCCUCGAUUUCCCCCUUCUGCCAAGUGGGGCCAACGAUUCUUGUUUGUUAGCACUCUUCCUAGCAAGUGCUGAAUAAGGGCAAAACAGUACCCUUUCUCUAUGUCUGUCUGUGUGCGUACACACUAUACACAGUCAUGUAAUCACCACUUCUCAGUAUCUUCAACUCCCGAGUCGGGUGGAAUGGCGAGGGCUGGGUGAGCCAGCCUGGGAACUCUGGGGCAGACAUGUCGGUCUUUGCUUAGCCACGGCCGCCUGGGCUACCAGAACCAACUGGCAGGCCUGUGUGGGCUUCAGCUGGGGUGCUGGGUACUGCACGCCCCCGCCCCCGCUGUCUUCUCAAACAGAAUUGGUCUGGCCGCUCUGCCCUUGCUUCCUGAGCUUCUGGGUGGGCCAGGCUGGUUCCUGGCUGUGUGGAGAUCCUGGUCUCCAGGAGGCCCUGGAGCCUGGGCAGGUGAGAAUGGGACUAGAGGAUGGGUUGGGGAGGUUGCUCUGUUGUGCCCUUCAGCCCACAGAGGACUCGAGUCCCUAUUUGCAGAUGGAUGGGAUCCCCCCAUUCCAUACCACCCUGGCCUGGGCUUUAUUGCCCCUAGGGCUGAGCACAGGGUCAGGGGAAUGGAGACCUGUUCUCAGAAUAAAUGUUACCACAAUUCUA